UCAUUCUACCAACUGAGAGGACCUAUGAGUAGUUUGUUGAGGAAAAGCAGGCUGCAACAGUGUUGGUACACGGAGCGACAAAGGCCAACAUUGAGAAGGCACCAGGAAAGCAGAAGGAGGCUCAUCCUAAGAAUGUCCUCAAGAAAUAUAAAACCUUAACGUACAAUGUCAGUGAAGAGUCUGAGCACACCCCUCACUCCCAGCUUGCAAGCCUCAUACGCAUACCAUGGAAUCCGAAGAUUCGUCUGACAGUAUACCCGAGGUGCCGGACGGUGCAGUAGGAGCCGGACGGAAGGAUGCAAGGGACUUCUUUCAUCAGUGCAACGUUAAGGACACGUUACAAGUUCUAAGUCUUAAGAAUCUUGAAUUUAAAGUACUUGCUCUGGCGGAAAAAGAAACACGGCUAUUUUGGACAGUUAACUCACUACGCUCAUAUGUGGACUGCGAAAGGGUCCCGAGAGGCUUAAGAGCAUAUAAAGAACCCUCUCAAUUCAGCGAUGACCCUGAAUUUGUCCACACCUGGAAAAACAUCCAUCAGGAAUAUUGUAUGCAAAUGUUAAGAGCCGUCAUAGAUAGAAACGAACAAGAAUAUACAAAAGUAACAGAAGAAUUGCUAAAGACAAAAACAGAACUCAGAACCCGCUUGGACGAAGAAAAAUUUCAUACAUUCUCUAAAAAAAUGGAAAGAAAAAUAGUGGCAUUACAAUCCAUCAUCAAGGAUCAAAAAAAGGAUAAAUUUAUUAGAGAUCGUCUAGACUAUGAAUCCGAAAAGGUGUUUCCCGUAGGAGGUCCAAAAAAACAACGCCCGAGACGACCUAGAGGUGGGCAAAUUAGACGUAGAACAACCGACUAUUGGACCACCGAGUCUGACUCAAGUGGGAACGAGGACUCAAAUAGAAAGGCUAGAAAGGAUGAUAGUGAAAAACAAAAAACCUCAAAAGAAAAUCAAGAUCAAAAAGAUCAAGAAACCGCAUCAAAUAGCAAAAAAAUGGACUCUAACAACAAAAAAACAAGUGGCCCUUUAGGCGGAAAGCACGAAGGGGACCUAGAAGGAAAAGGAGAAGAGGACUUGGGUCGCCCCAAAAGGAGCACCCAGAGGAACAAAAAAGUGUCUUGGAACAAGUAGAAGAUGUCCGUUCAGUCAUCAACCUUAUGGACAUGACACUCGACCAGGACACUAUAUUUCUGUUAAGCAGAGGUCUCAACUACUGUAUUACGGAGGACUUCAACAUAGUGGACUUUGAAGUAGAUCUAUUUAAGUCUAUCAGAAAAUUAAAUCUGAAAAAAAUAUUUGCUAAUAAAAAUACAGCCACGAGUCCACUAGAAGGGGAGAUCCCAGCAGUAGUUGGCCCUCUCGGAUUUAGCGUCUUAAAAGACGCUACAACUAGCGAGCUUGAAUGUCUCGACCAUUUAAUUGAUUUGCAGGACACAACCGAGGACCCCGCAGUCACUAGGGAGCUGUCAUUUGAGGACUUUAAGGGCGGGAUAAAAUCCUCCUUUUGUCCUCAGGUGACACCGGGGAGCAACAUCGACCUUUUUCAUAAUAAUGUACUUCGUGAGGUCAAGUCCCUUAUCUAUAAAAAAGACCCCAGUAAUUUGAGCUUGGGUGAGAGAAGAGCACUAGACUGCCUCAAGAAAAGAAAUUAUAUUGUCAUAAAAAAAGCCGAUAAAGGCGGCAAUGUGGUCGUUAUGACCACAGAAUAUUACAAAAACGAAGCUCUGAGGCAGCUAGGCAAUUCUCUCACCUACACCAAAUUACAUACGAAUCCUGUCCCUAAAAUUAGAGAGAAUCUACAGGGUUUACUUAGAAAAGCAGUUGAAAACAAUAUCAUUUCUAAAAAACGUGCUGAAAAAUUGAUUCCUUUUUUUCCUUCUAGCCCGCGAUGGUACUUCCUGCCGAAGGUACAUAAAACCCUGGAAGCCCCCCCCCCCCGGGAGACCGAUAGUCUCAGGGAGGGGCUCAGUCACAGAACCAUUGUCCAAAUAUUUGGAAUGGUUACUGCGACCCCUUCUGCAGGAAGUGCCAUCGCUGGUAAAGGAUACCAACCAAUUUCUUUUGUUUUUACAGGAUUUAGUAUGGUCAGAUAAUAUGUUGCUAGCCUCUAUAGACAUAGAGAAUCUAUACACUAGCAUUCCACAAGAUAAAGGGGUGGAGUGCAUCAGGGAGAUUUUGUCGCACUCCGGAAAGUCCGAAAAAGUGACCCAAUUUAUUUGUGAGUCCUUGACAUUUAUAUUAAAAAACAAUGCAUUUCUGUUCGACGAAGUGUGGUACAGACAGAUCGGGGGUGUGGCCAUGGGCACCCCCGUGGCCUGCACAUUUGCAAAUCUGUACGUCGCUUCAUUCGAGGAAAAAUAUGUGUUCACUACCUCCAAUCCCUUCCUGAAGUUCGUCCGGUGCUAUCACAGAUUUGUCGAUGACGUGUUCAUCGCCUGGGAUGGCACCGCGACGAACUUCAGGGAGUUUGUAGAAUUCCUCAAUGAAAAAAAUGAAAUGAAUCUUAGAUUCACUUACAAAGUUGAUUCGAAAAAAAUGGAAUUCUUAGACGUUCUUAUUGAAACAGAGGGAGGGGAACUCCGCACAUCAGGCUAUAGGAAGCCCACAGCCUUUAAUUCUCUGCUUCAGUUCUCGAGCUAUCAUCCUCAACACACAAAAACCGCUUUACCUUACGGACAAUUUCUGCGUUUGAGACGCAUCAAUGAUACUGAUGAAAAAUUUAUCUCCCAAGCAGAAGAACUGAAGCAGAGAUUGGUGGCUCGUGGCUAUCCUGUAUCUAUUAUUAAUACAGCUCUUAAAAGAGCCUUAGCACAAGAUAGAAACAACUUACUCGCAACUAACAAAAAUAAAAAAGCCAAACAAGAUACUAAAGUAAAAUCCUCUGACAAUCCAGUAUCUAGGUUCUCCUUUUCUUUCAAAUUUAGUCCCCUUGAAAAAGUCAUAAGAAGAGCGGUACAUAAUAGUUGGUCCUUGAUAAAAAGUGACACCGACCUAGGAAAACUGGUACAUGAUAGACCUCUAAUCACAUUCAAGCGGUGUAAAAACCUGAGGGAUGCAGUUACUAGUAGUAACUUCUGUUCCAACCCUAAAACCACUGACUGGCUCACAAAAUCUGGCCCCACAGGGAACCACAAGUGUGGUACAUGUAUUUGGUGCCCCAAUAUGAAAAUAGGUAAAAGUACCCAAAUCGGUGGAGAAAUUAUACAUGUUAACACCCUAAUUACAUGCAGAACCCAGUGGGUUGUGUAUGCGAUGAUCUGUUCAUGCGGAAGGUUUUAUAUUGGUAGCACAAAACGCACCCUUAAUACAAGAUUUAGGGAACAUGUUUACUCAGUCAAAACUAAAAAAGGUGCACCCUGUUUUAUCGAACACAUGAACAGUGAGCAUAAAGGCAUCUGUGAUAACUUACUCUUUCAGGGACUCGAGGUUGUCCGCAGCAAAGAAAAUUCUGACAAAAGAAAACUCCUGUUACAAACAGAAGCCAAAUGGAUUAUAAAACUUAAUGCUGCCGGCAACCUGGGACUCAAUGAAAGAGUGGACUACAGUGUCUUUUUGUAAUUCAUAUUCCUGCGUUUCAGGUUUAUUUAUAGCCUUUUCAUUUCCUCUUUUUUCGUUUUUCUUUUUUUCUUUUUAAUACUAUUUUAUAAAAAGAAUAAUUUUUGUAACUUUUGUACUUUUCUAUAUUUAUACUAUUUAGAUAGAAACUUGUUAUACUUGUGACAAAUCCCAUACAUUACGAGUUGUUAUUUAAUGUUUUUAAUGUAUUAGUUAGCAGGCACCUGUUCCGGGUGCGUCACUCGGGGAGGUGUGCUCUUAAGGGUGACGCAUCACGGAACAGGUAGGGUCUGAAGAAGCGUGAUACGCACGCGCAACAGCUGUCACCCAGCUUCUCACUGAUGAUUUAGUCCUACCUUCUGGCGUCCGUGCUCCAUGUCUCUGCACCGUUGAAAUAAAGAAAAUUGCACCGUAUCCUGGUGAGUGACGUCCCUCUUUCUCUUUUGUGCAUACUUUAUAUUGUAUAUUAUACCUCUCACCUUAUA